AUGGUUUCAUCACUUAGUUGGAAGAGCUUCCUCAAGCCAGCCAAUAUUGGCAUCGCAAUUCUUGCCCUCUGCUCCAGUUUCCAAACAGCAUCAGCUACAGUCCCCUCAUCAAAGCGCUUUGAUCUAACCACUCCGUCCUACGACCUCUACCGCAAUAAAGCGUUACAAGACUCGACUGUUCAACAGGGCUUCGCAUUCGACAAUACCAAUCGACGCCUCUUCGUCGCUCAGCGUCGUGAUGGUUCCUCGGAAACAUCGGGAGACCUGUGUAUUACUCAACUAGACUUUGAUGGCAACUAUGUUGGCCAUAUGUACCUGACUGGCUUUGGCCACGGCGUCUCCUUCGGCGCCCAGGCCGAAGGAUCAUCCACAUAUCUGUGGACCGAGGUUGAGGCCAACACAAAUGGAUACGGAAAGAAGCUUGCGCGAUUCAAGUUCACCAAUGGGGGCAAGAUCUCGGCUUCUUCUACUUCUCUGAAGAAGUUCCAACCUAUCGCUUCUGCAACCGAACACACUUGCUCUAUCGACCCUGUCAACAACCGCCUGAUCGUGCGAUACAAUCUCAGCGGUAAACAUAUUGCUGUCUUUGAUUUGGACAAGGCGACCAGUGGAGACUUCACCAACCCGCUGGCCAACUUCAAACAUCCAUCUGAGAACACCAAAUCCGAUACGUUCCAGGGUUAUGCUGCCUAUGGGCAGUAUAUCUAUUUGUUGACUGGCAACUCAUACGAUACCUCUGGGGGUGUGGUCAACUCUGAGAUAACCAGUGUCAAUAUGAAUACCGGUGCUGUUGUGCAAGGUCCAACGUUGACGAAGGCUGGAUCUACCCUGUCAUUCCGUGAACCGGAAGGAUUGGCGAUCUAUAAGACUGUUGGUGGGGAAGUUCGCCUUUUCUUGGGCUUUGCUUCAGGGAAGGGCGGUGAUCGGAGAUCGAAUUUGUUCUACAAGAAUGUUUUGAUUUAG